AUGCCAUUUCCAGUAGUGCAAACUUUCAUUAUUAUUGUGUUCCUUCUGGCUGUUGUGAUAAGUGUCAAAAACACCAGUGAUCCAGGAUAUGAAAUCCUAAAAUUUUUGGAAAAAUUUAAAGCAAAUUUGAGACAACCCAUUAAUUUGUCAGAAGAACUAAUAUGCAAUUGCUCUUAUUCUGGUUGUGAUGACGAAAUUUCAUCCUUUCUUGGAAGUAACUAUACUGGACUCUGUCGAUCUACUAGUGGAAUAUGUUAUAAACAUUUACUUCCCGACCGUUCGGUUAUAAUGAGUUGCUUAAGUAAAGAUGCCAGCCCUGAUUUGCAUUGUCGUGCUAAGCAGCCUAUGAAUGACGGUAGCGUAAUGCAGUGUUGUCAGAAUCAGUCGUUUUGUAACGGAGAGCUGAAUUUGCGUUUACAUCGUCAUAAUUCUAAUGAUGACACCUAUCUGAUUCGUUAUCUUGCUGCGUUUAUCUUGUUUGGCAUUUUUAUAUUUUUCGUUUUAUUAACAGUCAUUUUCACUAAAAACUUCGUGAAGCGGUGGUUAUUUUAUUGGAUACACACUGGUUCGAACGCACGACAUACUGAGGGGGAUGGAAAUGAAAAUCUGUUGAUGACUUCAUCUGACGAAUUAGAACACUUGAGUGAUUUGCUCUGCAAUCUGGAUGACUCCGCUACAACCGGCUCCGGUUCAGGAUUUCCAUUGCUUGCUCAGCGCACAAUUGCUCGGCAAAUCGAAUUGCGAAAAGAAAUUGGGCAAGGGCGUUUUGGAGAGGUUUGGUUGGGAUGCUGGAAAGGUGAUGAGGUUGCUGUAAAAAUAUUUUGUUCUCGUGAUGAAAAAUCUUGGAGCCGUGAAGUUGAAAUUUUUCAAACUAGUCUUCUUCGCCAUCCAAAUUUGUUGCGUUUCAUCGCUUCCGAUAAUAAAGGUUUGAAGUUAAGUUUAUCAGACGCUGCACAGCAUCAAGUUAUAGAUACUGGUACAAGCACUCAGUUAUGGUUGAUUACUGAAUACCAUGAACAUGGAUCUCUUUAUGAUUACCUUUCCGGAAAUGUUAUCAGUGCUUCAGUAAUGCUUCAUAUGAUUCGCAGCAUCGCAGUAGGCUUGUCGUUUCUACACAAUGAAAUUCCCGGUGUACGUGGAAAACCUGCUAUUGCUCACAGAGAUUUGAAGUCAAAGAACAUUCUUGUGAAAAAUGAUUUAUCCUGCGUAAUUGCUGAUUUGGGUUUGGCAGUACGUUACAUGAAUGGAGAGAUCAACAUUCCCGAUAACAGCAAGUGUGGGACAAUUCGAUAUUUGGCACCAGAAAUAUUGGACAACAAUUUUUUUCCAAACUCUUUCGAAGCCUACAAAACUGCUGACAUGUAUGCUAUUGGCUUGAUCAUUUGGGAGAUCGUUUCGAGAUGUGAAACUGAUAAUGAUGGUAAAAUAAAAUCAUUCGAGUUACCAUAUUCUGAUUGCAUUAGCCGUGAUCCAUCAAUGGAAGAAAUGAGGUUAUGCGUCUGCGAGCAGAAGCGGCGGCCAACUAUUCAAGAGUGGUGGCUUACGGAUAUGGUAAUAGGAAGAGUAUUGCAAAUGAUGCAGGAAUGUUGGGCGGAAUCACCGGUUUGUCGGUUGACUGCAAUGAAUGUUCGACGAGCAGUUGACCGUCAUGCAGAAAGCUUAGGGUUGAAAAUUCGAAGUUAG